GAGGGGGCGCGGUCUGAGCGCGGGGGCGGGGUCUGAGCGCGCCUGCGCAGUGCGCUCCACUUGGGGAGGCGGCGGCGACGCGCGGGCGGCAAGAUGGAAGACUACCAGGCCGCCGAGGAGACUGCUUUUGUUGUUGAUGAAGUGAGCAACAUCGUAAAAGAGGCCAUAGAAAGUGCCAUCGGUGGCAACGCCUAUCAGCACAGCAAAGUCAAUCAGUGGACCACAAACGUAGUGGAACAGACCUUAAGCCAACUCACCAAGCUGGGGAAACCAUUUAAGUACAUCGUGACCUGUGUGAUCAUGCAGAAGAAUGGAGCAGGCCUGCACACGGCAAGCUCCUGCUUCUGGGACAGCUCCACCGACGGGAGCUGCACUGUGCGAUGGGAGAACAAGACCAUGUACUGCAUUGUCAGCGCCUUUGGACUGUCCAUCUGACAGCCCGCCCCACCCCGCCCUCUCUCCUUCCACCGCAUCCCUUCUCUCCAUCUUCUAACCACCAGCAAGCUAUUCAGCGAUCUCCUUUCUCAUCCGAAGUGUGUUUCUGUGGCACUCUCAACAUGUAGAGAAAAAAAACCAAAUAACCACACUGCUCUCUGUGACCUGCACACCAAGUCAGAGGCGUCGUCACCGCAGGUAGGCAGGAGCCUGUCCUGCCGCUUGUCUUAACUCUGAAUGUUUCUUCUCAAAGGUGCUAAAAGCCGAAAUCUGCUAGUGUGAAACUUUCUCUACUCUCUGAAAUGAAUCAAAUACACUAAUUUUCCAUACUUUGUACUUUUUGUUAGAAUAAUAAAUUAUUCCAAUUUAAA